AUGCCUAUGCCUAAGAUGACGCCUACACCUCCCUCUACAACGUCUUCAAGUGCCGGUGCGCAGUCGCCAGAGUUUAGAGUUGUUCGGAAACGAAACCGGGUGCCACUGUCGUGCGCACCCUGCCGCCACAGAAAGCUGAAAUGCAAUCGAACCCACCCAUGUGAAAACUGCGUCAAACGAGGCGACGCCUCCUCCUGCUCCUACGCCCAGGUCACGACUCGUAAGAAGAGCUCGCCCCAGCAGACCACACCCACUUCGCCAGAUGAUAUGCAGAACCGGAUUGAUCGCUUGGAAGGUCUGGUUCUAUCUUUGAUGACGAAUGGCAAUCAGUCUGCGGGGCCUGCGGCGGCUUUGGCUGCCAUCUCUGCAGAUAGCAGUGCGGGAGGUUCCACAGGGCUUUCCAAUGAAAUCGAUAUCGAUGUUGAUGAGGAUGGCGAGGGCGGCCCAGAAGAGAGCGACACGGAGCAAGUUACCAAGUCCUUUGGCGUGAUGAAAAUGGACAACAACAAGUCAUAUUACAUCAGUGAAGCUCACUGGGCCUCUGUACUGAACGAUAUUUCCGAAGUGCGCAAUUUCUUUUCUACACAUAAGAAGCAAUUCGAGGAACAAGCAGAGAAAGUCAAGGCUGCGCGGCCUCAAACUGAUGUGCCAGGGUCAACGCUUCUCUUUGGUGUGAUGAAGCCAUUGAGCCGGGCCGAAAUCAUGGCCACUGUGCCAUCCAAGUAUACAACGGAUCUGCUUAUUGCUCGCUACUUCAACAGUUACGACCCUGCGACUCACAUCCUCCACGGCCCUACAUUCCAAGCACAGUACAACAAGCAUUGGGAGGAUCCCAGCCAAACUGAGCUUGUGUGGAUCGCUAUGCUCUUCGCUAUGAUGCGAUUGUCAAUGCUAUCAUACUACCGUGAGGGGGACGAGCCGCCAGAGUUCAGGGGCAAGGCCAUGGACAUGGCUGGUUCGUUCCGGAAUUCGGUUGCGCAGUGUUUGACUCUGGCUGAUUACACAAAAUCGCACCCCUUCCUGAUCGAGUCGCUCGUGUUCCACUUGCAUGGCGACUUCUCACAAACCAGGGAAGCUGAUAUCUCAGUGUGGGUUUUAUCCGGUGUGAUUGCCCGUUUGGCCAUGCGAAUGGGUUAUCAUCGUGAUUCGAAGAUGUUUCCCAACAUCACACCAUUUCAGGGCGAAAUGCGACGGCGAGUGUGGUCAUUUGUGCGGACGGCAGAUCUUCUUUUCUCCUUCCAGGUUGGACUGCCCUGCAUGCUGCGGGUUGCUGACAGCGACACGGAGCUGCCGCGUAAUUUGUAUGACGAUGAUUUCGAUGAAGACUGCAAAGAGCUUCCUCCGCCGCGUCAGCUCAGCGAGCCAACUCCCAUCUCGUACAUGAUUAGCAAGUGUCGUCUUACGUACGCCUUUGGUCGUGUCAAUGAGCUUGCUUCGGCUGUUGCGGCGACUUCUUAUGAUAAGGUCAUGGAGCUUGAUGCCGAUCUUCGCCGUGCUCGUGAUUUGAUCCCAGAUCACUUGCAAAUCCGGUCAAUGGAGGAGUGCCAGGUUGAUCCCGUGAGCCUUAUCAUGUCUCGAUUCUCAGUCAUGACUGUCUAUCUCAAGGCACAAUGCGUGCUUCAUCGACCGUAUCUGAUCCGGGCUCGGGAAAACCCUCGCUUCACAUACUCCCGCCGGACAUGUAUCGACUCGGCUCUCGAGCUGCUCGAGUUCCAGGCGCUUAUUCAUAACGAAACGCGACAUGGCCGCCUGCGAGGUCGCCAAGUUGUCACAUCCCUUAGCUCUGCAGACUUCCUGCUGGCCGGUACAAUCGUGUGUCUCGACUUGUACCAGGGCUACCAGUUGCAGGCCGCCGGCCGACCGUCUGGAGAUACAUACACCUGGGGUCACGAGCGUUGCGAGGAGAUGACGACUGCGAUCCGGCGUACGAAGGAGAUCUGGGAUGAGAUGCGUGACGAGAGCAUGGAGGCCUACAAGGCUAGUAGCGUUCUCGGUGUCAUGCUAGCUAAGCUGCUCAUCACCAUUCCGGGCCAUGAAAAUGGCGCCGGAAAUAACAUGUUCGAGCCCCAAGACGAGAAGCAGAAUGCUGCGAUAACUCUGGGACUUCUAAGCAGUGGUAUGAGUCCAAUGAAUCCCGGCCCACCACCGUUCUCCGACCCAAUGCUCAAGAUGUCAGACUCGCCAAUGCCGACUGGCUUCGGGGGUUCGGCUGAAAUGCCAGGUGCCCUUUCGCCCUUCAGCAGCAUGUUCGGUCAAAUGCCGGACAUGCAAGUGAACUUGGACUGGGAUGCAUGGGAUACAUAUGUCCAAAAUCCCACAUUUGACACCUCAAACCAAUUCUGGCCUAUGAUGGACCCCCAGCGCCAGCCAACUCCCCAAGGAGUGGGCAUAUCCCAACCCCCAAUCUCAAGCCCCCUCGGCAUAAACCGAACCCCACAAAUGCCAAACGGUACCUCACGACCAACAAAUAUGUUCUCUACUCAAUCCAACACUAGCCCUGAAAGCGGCUCGCAUUCUCUCCGCCGAGCCACGUCACGGCUUGUCUGCUCAUCAUUAUCAUCUACACCUGCUGUGGUUCUCCGAUCGCGAUGCCUCGCCGCGCCCCAAUCCUCCUCCCUCCGCUUCUCAUUACAGCCCCCGUUUCGCGCCGACCUCCAGGUCCGCUGGAACUCACGAAGCCUCGACAAAGAAGAGACUUUCCCUGAACCUCUUGACCCGCUGGAGGAAGAUCUCGAUGAGACACCAAUGAAUGAGGAGGAGAAGCGACACAGUAAAAUCGACCUCUGGGGCCACGUGCCUGCUGCGAGCGAAACAGUGUACAUCGGGAACUUAUUCUACGAUCUCACGGCCGAGGAUCUUAGGAAACAUAUGGAGAAGUACGGAACAGUCAUAAAGACAUACAUCGUGCAUGAUGCCCGAGGAAUCAGCAAAGGAUUCGGCUACUGUGAAUUCUCCUCAAUCGAUGGAGCUUGGAACGCAAUCCAAAACUUACACAACCGGGUCUUGGAAGGACGUCAGGUCGUCCUGCAAUACGCUCGCAGCCAGGUUCAGAAACACAAUCCCAAGGAAACCCCAUCCAAUACCCUUUUCAUUGGGAAGCUUCCUUACGACCUCUCGGAUCGUGAGCUGCAGAACAUUUUCAAGGAUGUUAGGAACGUUUUGGACGUGCGUAUCCCCGUGGACCGUCGGUCGGGACAGAUCCGCGGUUUUGCGCAUGCAGAAUUCCUCAAUACCGAGUCUGCUGAGAAAGCGAAGGAGAUUCUCUCGAAUCAGAGGCCUCUUGGCCGACCGUUGUUGGUUAAUUUUACCGAUCAUAAGAGGGUGGGUGUAAUGGUUGGGCAGAAUGAUCGACUUCGAGCACGAGAGGCACAUCUGGAUCGAGAACGGGAGGAGAAGGAGAUGGAAGAGGAAGAGUCUCCUUCUGACCGUUUCAAGGCAGUACCCUAG